AGAACAACACAUUAUCCGUUUGAACAUUCACCAACUAACACGCAGUAUGCACACAGUGAAGGUGUGAGAAUUAUUGACGAGAGAGACAAUAAGAGAUAUCAUAUGUGAAGACACAAAAAUCUCUAUGCUUUCUAACACAAAAUAGCACACAGUGGCAUGACAAUGGCGACGCUGGCGAAAAUUCCGUUGAUUUCUCUAUAUACCGCCGACAGGUCGGAGCUCUGCUUCUCCGCCGCUAGGCGAUCUCUCGGAGCUAGCACGCUAGCUUGUGAGAAUGCCGACAGAAUCGGCUACGGUAGUAGGUGCGGGAUUGUGUGUAAACCGGUGUCGAUCGAGCCGCAACCGGCGAUUGAAGGUCUCAACAUUGCCAAAGAUGUUAGCCAGGUGUCACUUUCAUCUCUCUCUCUCUCUGUAUUUAUGUGUGUGUGUGAAAUGUAGCAGGGCUAGUAUUAGUAUCCAGUUAGGAUUGAAACUGAGACAGUAAUUUUGCACUCCUCAAUUUUGGAAAUUGAGACGUUUUUUUUUCCAAUUUGUGUUUGUUCACUUUCUUUCAAUUCCUGAUGCUCUUUGUAAAGCUUAUUGGGAAGACACCAAUGGUUUACUUGAACAAAAUUGUAAAAGGUUGCGUCGCCAAUGUAUCUGCCAAGCUUGAGAUGAUGGAGCCAUGUCGCAGCGUCAAGGAUAGGAUAGGAUACAGUAUGAUAAGUGAUGCUGAGAAAAGAGGCCUUAUAACUCCGGGAAAGACUGUUUUGGUCGAAGCUACGACUGGAAAUACUGGAAUUGGCCUUGCUUUUAUAGCUGCCUUCAAAGGAUACAAGCUCAUCUUGACAAUGCCGACGUACGUGAGUCUUGAGAGGAAGGUUAUCUUGAAAGCUUUUGGAGCUGAGAUCGUGUUAACGGACGCUGCCAAAGACGUGACCGGAGCUCUUGAGAAAGCUGAAGAAAUAUUGAAUAGCACUCCGGAUGCCUAUAUGCUAGGACAGACUGAUAACCCAGCAAACCCCCAGAUUCACUAUGAAACCACUGGCCCAGAGAUAUGGGAAGAUACAAAAGGCAAGGUGGACAUACUUGUUGCAGGGGUCGGCACCGGUGGAACUAUAUCAGGCACUGGUCGUUACCUUAAAAAACUCAAUCCUAAUAUCAAGAUUAUUGGCGUGGAACCAAUGGAAAGUAAUGUACUAAGUGGUGGCGAGCCCGGUCCUCACAAAAUUCAAGGGAUUGGACCUGGUUUUAUUCCAAAGAAUUUAGAUCCACAAGUGGUGGAUGAAAUUAUACCGAUAACGGGCGAUGAAGCAAUAGAAACUGCAAAACAAUUGGCUCUUCAAGAAGGCCUACUGGUCGGUAUUUCCUCCGGAGCAGCUGCUGCUGCUGCUUUAAGGGUUGCAACGAGACCUGAAAAUGCCGGCAAACUUAUCACGGUUGUGUUUCCCAGCUUUGGGGAGAGGUACUUGUCAGUUCUUUUCGAGUCCAUAGGCGAAGAGUGCUCGACGAUGCAACCCGAAGAAUGAAUUUCAUCGUUCCACGGAGUCUAGGCGCCGUAGACAACGUGGCUCGCGGCUCAUCCUCUUCACUUGCAACAAUGAGCAGGUAAGGUUUUUAUUGAGCGAUGUAUGUAUUCAAGAAUCCAUAGUUGAAUGCAGUGAAUUUGUGCUUGAGGUUUGAUGAAUUUUUUUAACUUCUUGAUUGAUGGAUGUAAUCCAAAUAAAUGGGAUGUUGUACUUGUACACGUUUCCACUUGUGUAAUAGCACUAUAGCAGAGAGAAAUAAAAUGGAAAUUUGUCCAAA